AUGGAAGAGCUGGAUGCUUUGUUGGAAGAACUGGAACGAUCUUCCCUUGGGGAGAGUGAUGAGGAUCCCAAACCUCUCCUGCAGCCCAGCAAGGAUGGGAAGACAGAGGCAGCUAAGGCCUGUCCAGUCCAAAAUGACACACAGCCCAAGCCGGUGCAAGCCAUAUAUACUUCAAAGUCUGAAGACGGCAAUAUCUACAGUACUCUUCAGGAGCCAGAGCCUAGGAGGCUGCCUCAGGCCACCUCCGCAGCAGCACAGCUGGAUGAACUCAUGGCUCACCUGUGCCAGAUGCAGGCCAAGGUCAUGGAGAAGUCUGAUGGCCCCAAGGAACCACUGCCAAAAAAGAAUGAUUCCAGCGCCUCCUUGGACACUAUGCUUGGGGGACUGGAAAAGGACUUACAGGACCUGGGGAUUGCCACCAUCCCCAAGGGUCAUUGUGCCGCCUGCCAAAAACCCAUUGUUGGAAAGGUGAUCACGGCUCUAGGUUGGACCUGGCAUCCGGAACAUUUCGUCUGUACUCACUGCAAAAAGGAGAUUGGCUGUAGCAGCCCGUUCUUUGAGCGCAAUGGCUCUGCUUAUUGCUCCCAGGACUACCACCAGCUUUUUUCACCCCGCUGUGCGUACUGUGCGGCCCCCAUUGUUGAUAAGGUGCUGACAGCCAUGGACCAGACCUGGCACCCAGAGCACUUUUUCUGCUCUCACUGUGGGGAGGUGUUCAACGAGGAAGGGUUCCUUGAGAAGGACAAGAAGCCAUAUUGCCGCAGAGAUUUCUUAGCCAUGUUUGCUCCCAAGUGUAGAGGCUGCAACCGCCCCGUGCUGGAAAACUACCUGUCAGCCAUGGACGCCGUCUGGCACCCUGACUGUUUCGUGUGUGGGGACUGCUUCAAGCCUUUCUCCACGGCCUCCUUCUUCGAGCUGAAUGGGCAGCCCUUCUGUGAGCUGCACUACCACCGCCGGCGAGGGACCAUCUGCCCCGGCUGUGAGCAGCCCAUCCACGGGCGCUGCGUGAGCGCCAUGGGCCGUAGGUUCCACCCCGAGCACUUUGUGUGCGCCUUCUGCCUGAGCCAGCUCUCCAAGGGGGUGUUCCGGGAGAGGAACGACAAGGCCUACUGCCAGCCGUGCUUUGUGAAGCUCUUCCCCAUCUGACUCCAGCCCUGCUGGGCCCUGGGGCCUGGGGACAGCCCAGCCGGCUCCAGAUUCCACCUUCCCAGGAUGGGCCCGACUGACUCGGCAAUGCCGGGCCUUUUCCAGGCCUUCUCUCACUCUGAGCUCUUUCCUUCCAAGAAAAGCAGAACUUGGAGCUCCGUUCUGUCGCUCCCUCCUUCCUCCAUGGGCCCCUCCCUCUGCCACACUUGGGCUCUGCUGCUUCCCUGGCCUUAGGUCUCCUUGGCCCCCCUUACUCUCUCCUAGCCCCUUGGGAUGCUGGAACUCUGAAUCCUGCCUACUAAGAAGAAGAUGGGAAACUUCCAAUUCAAACAAUAUGGCUCUUGGGGAAUCAGUUCUCAUCAAGAUGCUCUUGGGUUCUAGCCUCCCUGAGAAAUAAAAUAG